CGGGUAAGGCUGUAGGAUGGCAGAUGGAUCAUCGCAGGCGCCCUUAUCGCGUAACAUCCGCGCACUUCGUUGAGUCCAGGCAGACCAGUCACAGAGUACCAAUUAUUAGGGAACUAGCGACGAACCAGAGUAGGUUUUUAAUAGUCCUUUCAAUAAAGGUAGCAUGAAGGUCCUGAUUGGGUUCGCCGUCGAGACGCUCAAGUCCACGACUGCGGUUUAUCUGGAUGUCACGGUAACACGGCACAGCGAUGGACCGAAGACACUUUGUGGAGUGGAAAAGGGACUUGCUUCUCUUCGGAAUAUACGGAGCAGAGAAAAGGCUUGUGACCUACAUGGUGCUCUGGCAGGACCGUGA